AUGAGAGCUCUAAGCAGCGUCGGCGUCGGGCUGGCCGUGGUGUCGUCGCUGCUCCUGCUGGCGCUCACCGCGGAGCUCUACUACAUCUUCGUGCACAAGCGCCGGCAGCGGCGGCGCGCCGCGCGGCAUCUCCGACUCGGCGUCGUCCCCGUCCUCCUCCUCGCGCGAGCUGCUCCAGCUCUUCUGCUUCAAGAAGCCGCCGGCGGUGCUCGCGUCCACCUACGCCGUCCCGGAACCUGCCGCCACCGCCGCCGUGGCGGUGUCCGUCGACGGCGGCGGCGGAGGAGACACGGGAGGACCUGGAGUCCGAGGACGGAGGGCGGCGCGGCCGGAGCCGCAGCCCUCGGCGAGCUGCUGCAUUGCGCCGAGACGCCGCCGUUCCUCACGCCCAGGGCCUCGCCGUCGCCCGUGCCCACGGCCGCGCUGGACAACUCCUACAACCCGCUGUUCGAGUCCCCCGCGGCCAGCCCGGGCCCGGGUGCUGCCCCGGCGGUGUCGCCGCCGCCCAAGUUCCAGUUCCUCAGGGACGCUGAGGAGAAGCUCUACCGCCGCGCGCUGGCCGAGGAGGAGGCCAUGAGGGCGCGGAGGUCGCCGAGGUCGCCGGCGGCCACUGCCGAGGAGGAUGGAGGGUACAUCACCAUCGUGGUGGCGAAGAACAACCGCGUCAUCCCCAAGCCGUCGAGGUCGCCGUCGCCGCCCACCGCCGCCGCCGCCGGCGGUGGCCAUCAGUGA